CGCACUUUCAACUGUGUGCGCUACGUCCGGUUAUCUGACCUUAGCUGCACAGUUUUACUGAAUGUGCAAUGAUGUCGGAUUCAGACAGUUCAAAUAAAGUUACCAGUACAUUUGAACACUUCUAUCAUAUAGCUUCGUCAUACGGAUUUGGACUGCAUACAUUUUCCAUCCCAACCGUGAUCAAAAUCCGAAAUUUUUCUGAUUCUAAAGACAAACUACGCUGUCGAAUUUACUUCAUUUCUUAUCCGUCGACUAGUUUUCAACCUGGUACUAAACCUUCAUUGUUUUUCGCUGAUUUAAUCCGGCAGAAUUCCGAUGAUCAAUUAAUAUGGUAUCCAUUGUUGCCUAAUGAAUUUUUAGACUAUAAAAAUUCACUUGCAUUAACCGACUUCUUAAUCCAUGAACGUAUGCGUGUUUCUGUAUCGGGUGUUAGCAAUUAUUGUUUAUCCAAUUGUGGUAAACUAAUUAUUUGUGCAUCAAGUGAAAUUUAUAGUACUGAAGACAGUACAUGUUUUGGAGAACAACCUAAUUCUUUGGAACUAAUCAAAGCUCCAUUGCCUAGUGCAAUUCAACCAAUUAUGUGUCCAUUCAAUUCAGAUUUUAUUGUAUGUUUAUCAAAUGAAAAUAUUUACAUUGGUUAUAUACCAACAAAUACAUGGAUACCAGUAACAAAUCAUACAAAUAAUAGUGGUUUGUCUGCAGGUUUCCCACCAUUCGUCGUCCAGGAAGAAUUUGAUCGAUAUGUUGGUUAUUGGUGGAGACCAACGAUGACCAAUGAUCAUUAUUAUCAGUUGUUAUAUGAAGAAGUGGAUGAACGUAAUGUGGCUGUGACGAGAUUGUUUCAUGGGGAAUUUGGUGGUGGUUGGGAAAAUCAACGUUAUCCAAUUGCAGGCACUGAAAAUGCAAGUAGUAAUUUGAAAAUAUGCCAGUUUAAACUGGAUUCAAUGGGUAAAAUCUCCAAUGUACAAACUCUUGCACUACGUUCACCUUUAAAACAAUACUUACCGAAUUUUGAAUAUUUAGUUCGUGCUGGUUGGACACCAGAUGGGAAUUAUGUUUGGUGUCAACUGAUCACUCGCCUACAACAACAUCUUUCACUCAUAUUAAUUCCAGUUGAUAAUUUCUUACCUAUCUCUGAUGUUGUUAAUCAUCCCGAUCCAUCAUCAUCAUCAUCGUCGUCGUUUUCAUCGGCAAUAUCCACAUUAACAGAUUAUUCGUCUUCAUUCUUCACUUCACCAUGUAUAGAAUUAGUGACUGAAGUAGAGUCGAAAUUUUGGGUUAAGGUUCAUGACGUUUUAACCUUUCUGAAAUAUCCAUGGCAUUCAACAAGUGGAAUGAACAAAUCAUCAGAUUUUACAAAUGAAAAUUCUUGUACAUUUAUUUGGGCUUCACAUAGAUCUGGUUUUACACAUUUAUAUCUUAUACAAUGUUCAUGGCCUAAAACUUCAAGUAAUAAUAACAAUAAUGGUAAUACUUUUACACAUGAACAAACUGCAACCGUUAUCCAAGCUAAACAAGUUUUUGUUGAUCAGUUAACCGAUGGUGAUUGGGAGGUUACUGGGAAUCAGAUUUGGCUGGAUGAAGAUAAUAAAUUUGUUUACUUUGAAGGAUUUAGAGAACAUCCUCUUUUGAAACACAUAUAUUCCGUAAGUUAUGGAAAUCAAAGUGAUCGAGGUCCAUUAAAUUGUUUAACGUUAAACCUUCCAAUCGACAACAAUGAUACUCAUGUUAUGAAAUCCAUUCAAAAUGCACACAAUUCAUCAUCAUCAUCGUUAUCAAUGAAUUCUAAUAUUGAAUGUACAUUGGAUCCAUUGUUUCAUGAUUCGUGUUUAUUAAUGAAACCAUAUCCAUUGUCUUAUGAAUUGAAUACAUUCAAUAUUGAAUCUGGUAUUAUGAUCCUAGAAUCAAGCAGUUUAGAUAAACUUGUUGGCAUUCAAAUUUGUCAAGUUAUUAUUGAGAAUAAUGAAAAUAAUACAAAUAAUUCUACCAGUAUUACUGUAAAUAAACAUCGUAAACCAAUUCUACAACAUAUAGCAUGGCUUCGUAAACAUGUAUGGCAUUAUAAUGCAUUCAAUGGAUUCUAUCCAACUAAUCCUCCGUUAGUUCUUCGAUGUGAUAUAUUUAAUAAUUUAGAUCGAAUGCUCACAUUACAAAAUAAUAAUAAUGAUGAAUGUAUAAAUGAUCAUAUAAGUAGUAGUAUUAGUGUUACAUACUCAUCAAAUUAUAUUGAGUUUAGCAAUUCACAAUCAAUAUUAUAUGGCCAGUUAUUUGUGCCAAAUUGUAAUCAUAGUCGACUGUUACCUGUAUCAUCGGUCGAUGGUGUUAGUGUUGCUGGUUAUCCAACUUUGCAUUUUGUUUAUGGUGGUCCAGGUAUUCAACUUGUUCGUGGCAGUUAUUCAAGAUCUGUAUUUGCUCAUGCUCAAUUAUUUUGUCAUUUUGGUUAUGCUGUUUUUCUAUGUGAUUGUCGUGGUUCCUCUAAUCGUGGUAUCGAUUUUGAUGGUCAUAUUAAAAAUCGAUUGGGUCAGGUGGAACUUGAUGAUCAUGUGGCCUUUUUAAAGUAUGCUGCAAAAACUACUGGACUUAUUGAUCUUUCACGUGUUGCUAUUAUGGGCUAUUCCUUUGGUGGUUAUAUGUCAUUGAUGGCUGCAAUGCUAUAUCACGAUGUAUAUAAAGCUGCAAUAGCUAUUUCUCCGGUGGUUGAUUGGACGUUAUAUGAUACCGCAUACACAGAACGAUAUAUUGGUCUACCUAAGGAUAAUCCAGAUGCUUAUUGUAAAGGUAACGUAAUGAAUUAUGUUUCAAAUAUGCCAUCAAAUAAAUAUCAUUUAUUUAUAUUCCAUGGUGGUCAAGAUGAAAAUGUACACUUUUUGCAUACAUCAUCAUUAAUUGAAAAAUUAGAUACAUGUGGUAAACCACAUCAUUUUCAGUUUUAUCCAAAUUCUCGACAUCGUUUAAAGCAUCAAUCUCAUGUUGAAGCAACAGUUUUAAAUUUUCUUGAAGAAACUCUCUGUAAAUCAAAUGAACUAAAAUAGAUCUAUCGAUGAAGCAAAAACAAAAAAAAACUAUGACAAAUCAUUCCACAUCUUCUAUGUAUAAUUUAUUAUCAUGGUUAUGUAUGUAUAUUUCCAGUCCAAUACCCCUUCAUACACACACACACGCACGCAUACACCUCCCCUCCCUCCUUACCCCAUGGUAAUUCAUGGAAUUAUUUAAUUUGUUUUUUUUUUUACUUCCCAUUGUAUACUUCACUUUCUUCAAAACAAGAAAAAAAAGAUAAAGAAAGUAAGAUCAUAAUGGUGAAGAUGAUGAUCAACUUAUGUGCUUCCUUUUUUACUUCUUCUUCUACAAAGACCGAAAUAUAUAUAACUACUACUUAUUAGGAAGAUAUAUAUAUAUAUAUAUAUAUAU